AUUUAGUCCAUAUAGCAUGGCAUCCUCAUUCUCUGUUCAUCCCAUCUCCUUAUUCUCACGGGCUGCAACCUUUGUUUCUUUUUACGCUACUUGUACCAUUAUCGCUAUCUUUCUAGUAGUGCCAUCUUCGUCAAUUUUGGAAACAGAAGUGAAGGCUCUCCUUGAUAGCGGAUGGUGGAACUCCACCGCAACUGCAGGCAACAACAUCCCCGGCUUUGGCUCCGGUUUAGGUCACUGCAAGUGGGGUGGCAUAACCUGUAAUGACGCUGGUAGUGUCACUGAAAUUUCCCUACCUUAUUCUAUCCCCAACCCAAAUUUUAACCCUCGCAUGAUUAACUUCUCUUCUUUCCCAAACCUGGAACGUCUGGAUCUCAGUAUGAAUGGUCUCCAUGGGAGUAUUCCCUACGAGAUUGGUGCUCUACAAAAGCUUAAGUACCUUGACCUAUCCCAUAAUUUUUUUUCCGAUGUGCUUCCACCUCUUUUCUUCUCUAACCUCACCCAACUAGUGGAGCUCAAUCUUUCUUACAAUGCAUUCAAUGUUUCCAUUCUCUCACUCAUGAGUAAUUUGACAAAUUUAAUUUCUCUAAAUCUCAAUGACAACAGUCUUGCAGGACCAAUCCCUUCGUCCCUUGCUCUCUUGAAGAACUAGAAGGAGCUGCACUUGGAUUCUAACAACCUCAUUGGUCCACUCCCUUCUUCUUUGGGUGAUUUAACGAAUUUGACGUCUCUAUUUGCAUAUAAUAAUCAUAUCAAUGGUUCAAUCCCACUAGAGAUCGGAAGUUUGAAGAAGUUGGAGCAUCUAGACUUGGGUUUUAACAACUUCCUAGCUCGAAUUGUUCCUCUAGGUCAUUUGAUCAGUUUGAAGACUCUUUACCUCGAUUCUAACAAUUUAAUUGGUUCCAUCCCUCCACAAAUAAGGAAUCUGAGGAAUUUGUCUUUUUUCUACCUUCCACGGAACAAGGUCACGGGUCCAAUCACCCCUUUGUGUCAUUUGACUAAUUUGAAGAUUCUAAACCUUGCUUCAAAUCAAAUAAGUGGUUCCAUUCCUGUAGAAAUAGAGAAUCUAAGGAAUUUGUCUGAACUCAGCCUUGCUCAAAACAUGCUCAUGGGUCCAAUCUCUCCUUUAUUUCACUUGACUAAUUUGAAUAGUCUAAACCUUGCUUCAAAUCAAAUAAGUGGCUCCAUUCCCCCAGAAAUAGGGAAUUUGAAGAAUUUGAAGGAUUUAAUCCUUGAAAACAACAUGUUGGUAGGUCCAAUUGCUCCCCUAAGUCAUUUGACA